AUGAUAUCAUCACCAAGUUUAAUAGAAUCUCGUUUAAACUCUUCACCAAAUCGUUCUGAUCCAGAUAUAGAAGCUAAAGUACGUUCAUCUAUACGUGCAAUAAAUGAAACAAUACAAUCAAAUGCUAAUGAACCAUCAUUAGCUUUCUAUCGAAUACAAGAACAUGUACGAAGAUCUUUACCUACAAUGAUACAAAAACGAAUUGAACUUGAAAAUUUACAUGAUCGUAUGAAUGGUCUUAUUUUUGAUAUUGAAUAUAGUGUUGAUGCUGUUAAGUCUCUUGAAACAAGUGAUGAACAUUUAAAUAAUAUUGCGACUUAUUUAGAAAAAUCUAUUUAUAUUAGUAAACAAAUAAAUUUAAUAAAGCAACAACAAAUUCAGCAGCAAAUAUUAGAAAAAAAACAUGGAUCAUGA